AUGGCUGAUCUUCUAAGCCAGCGCGCCUUUCCGAAUCAGCGUCUUGUUCACGCCUUCGGGAUCACAAACACCUUCGUCAGCAGUGACCUUAAAGUGCAUCAUGCCUUCCUUAACAAAGCAAGGCUCAUCAUCUCAGAACUUUCAUCCAAAGGAGAGAGUUGGAGGAGGUUCAAACAAACCACAGAUGGCGCCAUUGCCCAACUACUCCCCGCUCAUGAAACUCACUACGCAACGUUCAUCCAAUGCCUUACCCUCAGGAUAAUCCUCGUGGCUCUCUUCAAGGCCGACCCUGAAUCUUCUGAUGCAGAAGACCUGUGCUUCGUCACUAAUAUGAUCAACAAGCGGUGGGCGUACUCGAAGAACAAAGAUCUCACUCUUUUAAACCAAGACAACUCGCUGGACGGGGCAAAUGCGUGUCUUGAAAGAUGGAUCUGUGAUCGUGACACCUACCCCAAUCCACUAAAUCUCAUCAUUCCCGCAUAUGAAACAAUGUGGCGUGUUGUCGCCGUCACAGUAGCUCGUGUAUGCUGCAGUGGCGACGACAAUCUGCUUGACACUGUCCUUGCCUUUGCUGACCACCCGACGGAGGAGCAGUUUCAGUACUUCAAGGAAGAAAGUAUGGAACCUAGCAUGAAAAUGAUCAUGAUGGAAAGUCUUCGUCUCCAUCCUCCCACCAAGCGGAUCUCUCGGGCUAGAACGACUCUGGGAUGGAAGAGAUUUUUUGCCCCGACGUUGGAAGUGGCUGACGUACAAGCGGUGCACCAGUCACUCGAGUACGGGGGAAACCCGGCCAAAUUCGACCCCGCGAGGUUUCAUCCCUCGCGAGGGCUGGAACCCGAGAUAUUCACAUUCGGGUAUGGGAAAUUGAGCUGCCCGGCGGCAUCGUGGGCACCCAUCGGCGCGGCGUUGAUCGUAGCCAAAGUUUUACAGCAAAUGAAGGGCGGGAAGUAUAGGCUGAUCACAGGUCCUCGUAUUGGCGAUCGCGGAGGAUGGGAGGGGUGGGAAGUUGUCAACGAGUCACCGUGGCCCGACCGCCGUCUCCACGUCCAGUCAGCGCGGAAUAAGGAGGUGUGA